UUUCUCCAACGCGCGCGCGCAAGCAAAACAACGACGAAGGCCAGACAACAGCAACAAACACAACCACCGCAACCACCCAUCAUGCCCGCGAUCCGACACUCGUCCAAGAGAAAGCCUCCGCCGGAGGGCUUUGAGGAUAUCGAAAGCGAUCUGCUUGUGUUUGCAAACAAGAUGAAGGAUGCGCAGAACAAACCCCCGCCAGCAGGACCCAGGCAUCAGGCCCAGUGGGAAAUCUUCCAGAUCUCGCAUCAGCGCAGCCGAUACGUCUACGAGUUAUACUACGAGAAGGAGGCGAUUAGCAAGAAGUUGUACGACUUCCUCCUAAAGAACGGCUACGCGGACGCCAUGUUGAUCGCAAAGUGGAAGAAGCAAGGCUAUGAGAAGCUCUGCUGUUUGCGCUGUAUCCAGACAAAGGAGACAAACUUUAACAGCACUUGUAUCUGCCGAGUCCCACGAGCGGAGAUGAAGGAGGACCAGGACAUCCAGUGCGUCAGCUGUGGCUGCAGAGGUUGCGCAUCGAGCGACUAG